CGGGUGUGUGACGUACUUCCGGCGCGCCGAGGGGACAAGAUGGCUGCGCCCCAGCCGCAGGCCGCAGCCGCUACCUCCGCCGCCGGCAUGUCGGGCCCGGGUUCGGCCGGGGGUCCGGGGGCCCAGCCGCCGCAAUCAGCGCCGGCGCAACUGGUAGGGCCGGCCCAGAGCGGACUCUUGCAACAGCAGCAGCAGGAUUUCGACCCGGUGCAGCGCUACAAGAUGCUCAUCCCGCAGCUGAAGGAGAGCCUGCAGACAUUAAUGAAAGUUGCUGCCCAGAACUUGAUUCAGAACACUAACAUUGACAACGGACAAAAGAGCAGUGAUGGACCCAUCCAGCGCUUUGACAAGUGUCUGGAGGAGUUCUACGCACUCUGCGACCAGCUGGAGCUCUGCCUGCGCCUGGCACAUGAGUGCCUGUCCCAGAGCUGCGACAGUGCCAAGCACUCUCCGACGCUGGUGCCCACUGCCACCAAGCCCGACGCUGUGCAGCCCGACAGCCUGCCCUACCCACAGUACCUGGCCGUUAUCAAGACCCAGAUCGCCUGUGCCAAAGACAUUCACACGGCCCUGCUGGAGUGCGCUAACAAGGUCACGGGCAAGACACCCGUGCCACCUACAGGCCCUGGGGGCACCUUGUGAGCAGCAGCAGGGCCUGCUGUGGGUGGGGGGGACCAUGG